GCGGAUUGGCAUUGCUUUGUUCAGUCCACUGUUUCGGCUGGCCUAAUCACACAAUCCAUUCAUCUCUUUCGCAGAUCAGCUCUGCGGUCAAGAGCGUCCUUCUUCUCAAUACAAUGAAUCUUCAAGCUAUUCCUUUCAUUUCUUUUGUCGAAGUCGAAUUAGCACACAAAAUUCCACUCUCACGCUCCAACUUCCAGAUCCAAAAAUGUCAGCUCCUUCGCCGCCAAUCUUCACUUGCUAGAACAGAAAGCCAUCUCCGUUCAGUUGGCAGUCUCUGAACUCUGUUGCAUGUUUGUCUCUGCUAUUUAACUCUCAUCAAAAGUCACGUUUUUGAUUUGCUCAGAGGACCCUUGAUUCAGCAAAGCAAGCUUUCCCUCUUUUUGAGGGAAGACAAAAACAGGCAUGCACAACUCAUAUUUUAGCUCCACGAUAUAUGCAAUUAGGAGUAAACAUUCCUUCUCUUUAUCCUUCAAUGAUUACUCAAACUUGUCGUAUGAAAGAUUUGAUAGGGUCCCAUCACACCGCUCAUCAUUUUGUGGUUGUUGUGAUUGCUGUGCACUCUUCACCUGUAGAGUACCCCUGAACCCUAGUCUUCUAUUUGGGUUGAGACAAUCCACUUUACUUCAAUUAUCGGCGUCAAGAAGGUUGAUUUUGGGUGGUAGAGACCCAUAUUUCUCCCAGCUUGCAGCUUAUGGUCUCCAUAGAGAUUGUUAUGAGUUUGAUUGCUCAUUCAGUGAGAGAAGUGUUCCUAACAGAAGUAAGAGGAGAAUAUAUCAAAGGUGUUUUUGCACAGUUUCGGAGAAAGAGAGUGAAACUAACCAUUCUUUUGGUUCCGAUGAUGCUGAAUCAGUUCUCAACUUACUGAGUGAGGAAGCAGAUGGAAAUUUUACUGGUACGGGUGGAAAGAAUGUAUCUUCAUUUAAGAAGUUGGAUACAGAGAAGAAAAGGAAAAAUGGAAGUAGAGAGAGAAAUCUGAAUUUAGGUAAGCAAGAAGUGAAGAAGGGAAAUCUGAAGCACCCGGAGACCUUGACAGUAGACUUGAAGAAAGAGCACAAAAAGCACAAUGAAGAAAAGAAAGCUGUUGCAAAAGGUGAAUGCCAUGGGAAACGAAGAGAUUUUUCUAGUUGCUCAUCUUAUUAUUCCUUUUCAUCUUCAGGAGAUAUUGGUAGUGAUCUGGAAGUUGAAGAGAAGCAUGAGGAGGACAAAACAUGUCAUGUGGAGGAACAAAUGAGGGAAGAAUUCAACAGGCAAAGAAAUGACUCAGAGAAGCUGGAGGGACUUUCAAACCAGGAAAGAACUACAUUUCGUGCUGAUAUUGAUUGCAGUCUAAGAAAGAAGUCUGAGAAGAAGCUGAUGAAGGUAACAGAAGAGAUAGAGUCAGGGAAAGAACCCCAAGGUAUGCAUCCAAGAGUGUCUAGGAGGCAUGAAUCUGGUUAUGGGAAAGCCACCAUAUCCCACAAGCAAUUUGAAAAUGAGGAUGAUACUUCAUCUUUGAUUAGAAGUUCACAUAAGAAAGGAAGAGAGGACCAUAUUCAAACUGAAAACAGAAGAAGGUAUCAAUCUUCAGAAAUAGGAGAGAAUGGUGGUCCUGAAGCUGAAAAUUCUUCAAAAUUGCAAAACACAUUUGGUGGCAGGGAAGGGAACCUAGAGAUAUCAGGAAAACUCUUCCAGGAAAAAAAUGAUGAACGAAAAAGUUUUGUUGGCUCUAGCGCUAGAAAGGAUGUGCUGAGUAGGAAUUACCAGAAAAACAUUGAAAAGUCAAAAGAAGAUUCAAAAAGUAUGUUGAAUACUAGGAUAAAGAGCCUUGAAGAGGACAAAACUUCAAUUCAUAGUUUGGUUGGGAAUAUGGAGGAGCGUCAAUACCAAAAAGGGGACAAAAUCAUUACACAAGUUGAAGGGAGAAGAAAAUUUCAACUAUCUGAAUUAUCGCCAGUCCAGGAGAGUAAUGUUGAAACUGCCUCCACAUUGAAGUCUAGUAAUAGAAUAAAGAACCAGGAAGAGACGUUAAACUUGUAUUUGGAUGUCAAAGGGAUACAACCCGGAACAGAUACAAGGUCACCUCAUAGUAGGAAACAAUCUGAACUUGUACGCUCUGUUUCAGAAGUUCAUGCCAGUGAUGAAAAGCUAGUUUCAAGAUCUCAAAGAGUUUGUGAUGAGGUAAGGUUGAUAAAAAAUAGUAACUUGACAUCAGUUGUUAACACAAGAGAAAGUUAUUGCCAGACUGAUAAAAGAAUUACGCAGUUCAAUUCAAGCAGCAAGGCCCAUCCACACACAUGCCAAUCAAUCUCAGAUGAAAAUAUCUCAAAAGAAGCUUGCAGCUCUCAAGAAUCAUUGAACUUAGUUUCUGAGGGUAGAAAACAAUAUGUUAUAUUGGUAGAAGGUGGUGAAAGUAGUUCAGAUGCAGUGUUCAUUCCUUCCUCAUCUCAAUUGAUGAGAAGAGGCUUUGCCGGUGAUGAACUCAACCCCAGAACUUCAAUCCCAGAGGUCUGCCCCAAUACUUCAGAAAGUGGCUCAUCUGUCUUGUGUACCAAUUCAGGAGGAAUUCUAGCUUUGCGAUAUGAACCAUGUUCUACAUAUGGAAGUAGUCAGGUUUAUAGUGACCCUUCAAAUAUUAUAGCCCCUGAGGAUGCUCUGGCUUCAGCAUAUCGCUUAGAGGAAUCCUCCAAACAGAUUGUGGAUGAGUUUGUUCAGAAGGCCAGGCAUGAAGUCACAAAUGAGACACAAGAAAUGGAAAUUACUGGAACCAAAUUGUCCACUGAAGAUGAGAAGAAUCAGAUUUACAGUGGGGGGCAGCAGGGUACUCAAAAAGUCUCUAAGUCAAGGGAGCGUGAUUCAAGUCGCUCCUCUGGUUUCUCUGGGGCCAAAGGACCUUCUGAUGAGAUGUGGGAUGAACCAGAAUCAUCUAUUAAGCAAAGUCCACCGGCUGAAGAAGCAGAGGCCAGUCUUGUGACAGAGAACUCAAUUGUCAAGAGAACAGGUAGGACCCUAUGGGGAAUUAUUUCAGAUAUUGUUCGACUAUGGUGGCAUUCACGUGCUGAUGCCUCCACUUCAGCUGCAAGAUCAGGUGAAAGAAACUCAUUAAACAAGUCUGAUAGUGACACAUGGUUUUCUGGCCAGGAGCAUGAAGAAACCAGUAAAAGUAAAGUAACAGAGGAAAGAACAAGCGUGCAAUCACAAGCUACAACUUCUGACCGAUAUCAACCUCAAAAAUCUAAUGUACAAAGUGAGGGAGAUGUGUUUGAAACUUUGAAAUUGAGGGACAAAGGAGAACAUCUCGAGGUUGGUACGUCAUCUUCUCCAAAUGAGGUGGGGAGUGGAUCGACGUCUAUAGGCAUCUCCUUUGCUUCUGGAGAGGAAAAUGCUAGUUGGACUGAAGAUGGAAAGGAUUUGCAAAUCAGUACAUCAGGUGCUGAAACCAUGGAAUCAUCAACAGUUCUACCUGCUAGGCCUCCUUUUGUAGAAGAAAUUGUAAAUACUGGUAGAACUGAGUCUCUGUGGUGGAUGGAGGAUCCCUUUGCUUCAAAACAGACUGAAAUAUCUGUCACAGCGAAAAAGGAUGUGGAAUUGAAGCAAAGGAAACUUCAAAGGAACAAGCCAGUCACAAAAGACAGGUUUGAUGAGUGGGAAGAAGCUUAUAAACUUGAACUUGAGCAACGGAGGAUGGACGAGAUAUUUAUGAGGGAAGCACUCGUGGAAGCCAAGAAAGCUGCUGAUACAUGGGAGGUGCCUGUUGGUGCUGUCCUUGUGCGGGAUGGGAAGAUUAUUUCCCGGGGAUGCAACUUGGUGGAAGAGUUACGAGACUCUACAGCUCAUGCAGAGAUGAUUUGUAUAAGGGAAGCUUCGAAUCUUCUGCGGACAUGGAGACUUGCAGGCACUACACUUUAUGUUACGCUUGAACCCUGUCCAAUGUGUGCUGGUGCCAUUCUUCAGGCAAGAAUUGAUACUCUUGUAUGGGGAGCUCCUAAUAAGCUUCUUGGUGCUGAUGGUAGCUGGGUUAGUCUUUUUCCUGAUGGAGGAGAAAAUGGAUCAGAAACAAAAGAAAAGCCACCUGCCCCAGUUCAUCCUUUUCAUCCAAAAAUGAACAUAAGAAGAGGAGUGUUGGCCUCAGAAUGUGCAGAAGUGAUGCAGCAAUUCUUUCAGCUGAGAAGGAAAAAGAAGAGAGAACCAUCGCCACCUCAAUCAAGCCAAUCAUCUCGCCUUCCUACUUCUCACCAUCAUCCAUCCAAACUUCUCCACAAAAUGCAUGGCAUUUUCCACAUGAUGUUUUGCUUGUAAGAUCAGAUAUGCAUAAAUAUAUGUAUAUAUAUAUUAUACACUCCUUCCAUUCCUGUUUGGCAUCUCAAUAAAUUGUUCAAGCAUGGUAUGAGAUCAUAGUGAAAAGUGAUGUAUCCAGGAUCUCAUUAAUUCUAGUCGUUGUAACCUCACUCCCACCUUGUUUUUCAAUUACAGGGAAGAUGAUUCUGGAACUGUGUAGAAAUAUUUAAGGGUUGAUGAUACUUUAAAGUCACAUUAGUGCCUUAGAACAUCAGAGAUUAACGGAAUGAUAGAGACAGAGUACUGACAUAUAGGUCAAAUGUAGAAAUGGUAGGUAAGAUAUUGUUUUCAAUAAUGUAACCUUACUUUAAUUCCAUUUUUCUUAUGUCA